AUGGCUCUUUUCCCGGCUUAUGUCGAUGCCAAAAAUUCUGAUGUUAAUUGUCCACCCAUAGCUGGAGACAAAGUGAGAGACACAAUAUUCGGACCAUGUGAGGUUCCAGAAGCACUGGAAGUGCAAUUGUUGGCUAGUGACACCGAAGAUGAAGUAUCAUCCGUAAAAGGUUAUAUGCUAUCGUGCGGACAGGCAGAGAUUAUACCAUCACAAGAUUUUUACUUCGACCGCACGCUAGAUCGUGGCAACUUGCGUGUUUCCACUCUUUACUAUCCAGGAAGACCUCAAUAUAGCUAUGAUAAAGCCAAUACUAUUGGAAGGAAAUCUAAACAUGACGAAAAGCGUUGGGAACGAUAUUUCUCUAAGAGAAUAUAUGAGGAGUCUGACAUGUCAACAGCUGAACGUUCCAUCUCUUACCGCAAACUGCUUACUGAUAUGCCUGAUGACCUCCAGUUAUGGGAAUCAUAUAUAGAUUUUCAGGAAGUAUGUAAUAAUAUGCAAGGAGCACUUGACGCAGUGCGCCAUGCAGUCUGCAAGAUUCCCGAGUCGUUCAGACUUCGCCGCAGGCAGCUAACUCUCCUGCGAGCGGUCUUCCCGCAUCGACAGUAUCUGCAGGAGAUUAGGGACAUGAUUGCAGCAGAGACGCGAUCGUACGUGCGAAUCGAACUUUGGGCGCAACUGAUCGCGAGCGUGGGCGAAGAGCCAGAAGCUGUCCUGCGCGCGGCUCUCAGCGACACCGUCGCCCAAUCGGCCGCGGCUCCUUUCUUCAUCUACGCGUUCGGCAGCUACCUUCGCACCGCAGGGCUUUGGGAGAGGCUCGUCCUCGCCAUUGAAUUGCUCGUGGCGAUGAACUUCCCGGCUGCCGCCCGCGCCGCGCGGCCUUUUCCUCCACCUCGCCACCUCGACGUCGACGACCGUCUGCUCCGCUUAGAGGAUGAGUUAAUGAACAGCGGGCUCCCGCGGCACGCGGUGUGGACCCGAGUGGAGCGCGCCCGCGCCGGGGCCCACUGGUGCCCGAAGCCCCGCGACGACAUCGAUCCCCAACGCGCACCUCUUCCGCAUGACGUGGCCGACUUACUCAUACCGCUAGUCGGUUCAGUUCGAUUGCUGCAUCUCGCCGUACGUCUGCUGCUGCUCGCAAAAGUGCCGAUGAUACCGAGCACGGAGGCUUGGAGCCGAGUUGCAGGAGAGGUGUACGGGACGGCCGAGGGACUCCUUUCGCUUGCGUAUGCACAUCACUCGUCAACAGACGCCGUUCACUUUGCCAAACUUCUUGAGAUGCUCACGGACCCUCCACACUACUUCUCGGACGAUACGGGAUUCGCCGGAUGGGUUGCGGGACUCUGGGAGGCGUGCUGUGCGGGAUGCGAGGGCCCAGCGCGAGAGGCGCUGCUAUGUUGGCGGCUUCGUUGGUUGCAUGCGCGGCUAACGCUCAUCGCGACCGACGGCCCGGGCGGGGCGGCGACACUUAGGAGCGAGGCCCGGGGCGUACUGAAACGCUUGGCGCAGUCGUCCCCGCUCGCGUUCGCCGAGUUUGCGCGGUUAGAGGCGAGCGUCGACGGCGGGGCGGAGCGCGCCAUUGCGGCGGCCACGCACGCCUUACGCGCCGUCAUCGCUGAUCCAGAUCGCCCCACUGUCGACGCUCUCUACGUCGCCAGGGCGGUCGGCGAAGUGGUAGGAGCCGAGGCGGGCGAAUGCGCCCUAGUGCACGCGGUCCUGCGGCGAACCCCUCCGCCUAAACUACAGGCGCCCGACGACUCACUGAGGCUAACCGCUCUGCGCACGUGCGAGGAACGGUGCGCAGCGUUGGAAGAGUCUUUUAACGACCGAACGCUGGAGCCGAGCGACACUGCCGUUUUGGAAGCGUUGCAACCCUCGGUAGGGGAAUGGGCGAGAGCGCGACUCGCGCUCGCCACGCCCUCGGCUCGCUAUCAGCUGCUGCAACGACUGCUGAACGCACAAAGACAGGUGAAGAAUACGGAAUGUGACGCGCUGCGCUACUAUGAGGACAGCGCGUGCGAAAUGGUGGAGCGAGGCGGAAACAAAGUGCGCGACCACAUCCACGCGCUGGCGGCACACUUUCCGAACAAUGCGUACCUGAACCUCAAGAGCGCGUUCACAGCGUCAUGGCGCAGUGGAGCGCUUAGCGUGGAAGAGCGGAUACGGAAGCUGGCUGCGCCUCGCUCAUCUAACUCUGCGGAGGCAUGUCUCUUGCCGUCGCUGUUUUGCGCCCUUAGACGCGAAUGGGUGCCAAUCGAAGCGGAGAAGGUGGUGCGCACGGCUCGUCGGGUGACGAGCGGGGCGGGAGGCGCAACGUGCGGCGGCGUAGUAUGGGCGGCGCGCCUCGAAUGCGAAGCGAGGGCGGCGGCGCCGCGCAUCACCCACGCCCUGCUCUCCGCCUUGCACCAUUUGCCGCACGACAAGUGGCUGCACGUGCGCGGCGCGAAGUGGUGCGGUGGCGAAGCGGAGUCUUUAUCGGACGCACUGCUCGAGAAGCAGCUGCGAUUGCAUGCGCUGCCAGACGAGCUCGUGCCGCUCGUACGCUAA